AUGAUUCCAAGUCAAAAUCGAUUAAUUUCUCAUCAUGAACAACAGCAUUUAAGAACAAGAAGUCAAGAAGCUCGACAAAGACGACGCCAACGGCAACGUCGACGAAGACGCGAACGACGUGCAGCUCCGAGACGCCAGCAAAAUCAAGCACAUCGGCAGCAACAGUGGCAACAACACCAACCACGACAAUAUCACCAACAGCGACAACAACACCAGCCACGACAAUAUCACCGACAACAACAGCAGCAACAGCAACCACGACAACAAGAACAGCGACGAGGAGGUCAGAGAAACGACCAGUGGUGGGGACGUCAAUGGCAGGGUGGACAACAACGAGGAAGAGAGCGAAUACAUUUCAAUCAUACAUGGCGACAUUCAAACUUGUUCGAUGAAGGUAGUGUUAGAGAUUACCAACAAAGACUUUUAGAAGACUAUGAAUUUGAAACGAUAGAUGCAAGACAACGAUGGGAACAAGAACAAGUGAACGAAUUAGAAGGAUUUGCUGUUCUAGAACAAUUAGCAUUGAUACAAGAUGAAAUCGAACAAUCACACCAAAUUGAUACUGUUCAGCAACUUCAAGAAGAUGAACAACAAGAACGAAAUACUGAGCAACUUGUUCACCAAGAGCUAUGGGAACAGAUUGAAUUUUUACAUCAACAAUUGAACCAACGCUAG